AAAUAGAUUAGCCGUGAGGGGGGAUUAAUGGAAAAUCAGCCCAAGACUACAAACACGCAAGUCGGCCAAAACAAUUCACAAAAAACUCCAGUUGUGUUAAUCUGCGUCUUAGGAAAAGCUAAAAACACAAAAUCAGGUUGGAAACGUGUUUCUCCAUGUUCUUUUUGAAAGCGGGGAUGUCAAUUCGGUUACCCAUGCGUGCAACCCCGGGGAUCACAUUCUUGUUCCCACUUCAAAUAUAAACGCUAUAAAUAUUCUCCGCAUGUGGUCGUAAUGUUACAGUUCCCACGAUCCUCCACCACUACCGUAAGAACAAAAGACCGCUUACAAGUCGCCGUAUUGGCUCGGUCACGUGACACGCUUGCCUAGCGUUUAUAAACUGGAACGCGUUUGCAAAAUGCUAUAGUGCUUUGUGAAGCAACUUGAAGGCCACUUGACUGUCACAGUUGGAUUAAGACUUAUCUGUCUUUGCUUAUUCAGGAAAUCAUUUACAGAAGAAGAUGUCAGCGUUUAGUCCUGUCUCAAACUACGAAAAAGGUGCGGAUUAUUUUCCGUCUGUUCCGUCCGUUAGUACAGUAACGUGGCCUAGCGCUGUUCCACCAGCCUUUGAUCUCGGACCGUGGUAUUCGUGGGGACUACCACACUCCAAAUUGAACUGUCACGGGCCUCCUCCUCCACCAGCUGUUACCCCGUUGGAGUACACAAGCUUUUGGCCGACUGUACCCUCCCUAGGAAGCUGUGGUUUCUUCCUACCCUCUGGAAGUUCCCUGGCUAGAUCGUACGAGAAACCAAGUCAAUCCUACAUUGGGCUCAUCGCGGAAGCCAUCCUCAGCUCUCCGGAGAAGAAGCUUGUGCUAAGCGACAUUUACAGUUACAUCCUAACACGCUAUCCGUACUUCAGGACCAAAGGCAGUGGUUGGAGGAACAGCAUUCGACACAAUCUGUCGCUAAACGAUUGCUUCAUCAAGGCUGGUCGAAGUCCAAAUGGAAAGGGACAUUUCUGGACGAUUUGCCCCAUGUAUUACGAAGACUUCUUGCACGGAGACUAUCGCCGGAGAAGAGCUGGGAAGCCGUGUCUAAAGUUGGAUUUGAAAUCCGAGCGACUUCUGGCCGAUCCUCACCGUUACUUCGCCUUUUUCAGCGAAGAAGCAAAGCCGAGCACGAUCGCCCAAAGGGAGACAACUCCGCCGAGAUACGAAGAACGCGAGCGUGAUGAAAUCAGAGACAGAGAGAUCGACUGCGUUUCGAUCGAACAGUGUUCGCCUGAACACGAAUCAGGACGAAGAAGAAGCUUCGACGUGCAGAGUUUACUUUCGCCUCCGCAUUAAAUAGACUAUACAAAAUAGAACAAAGACAUGAAUUAAGGACAAGAACAUAAUUUAUAUAUAACGUCUGGAUUAUGAUAAUUUAAUUUUAUGUAUUUAGUAUCUUACAAAGUUAUUCUCGGGUCCUAGUUUAUCCAGAAAAAAACUUUCCAAUCAUUCCUAUGUAUGAGAAAGUCAAACAAGAAAAAGGGGGAAAAAUAAUAUCCAUUUUCAUGUUUAGAUCUUGAAAUCAACAACGCAAGUUUGUGUUGCGUGCGGACGAGUGAUAUUAAUUCAUGAACACAACUUGAAAACCGCAAAUUGCAUUUGUUUAUGUAAGUUUAACGAUCGCACAUAUUGUCUUUUAAUUCCGGUCUUUUUCUCAGCUAAAAUCAUUCUUUGUAUUAUAAGGAAAAUAGUUAGUGGUAUUACCUUAUUUCAUGGUUCAAAGCUGGAUGAACUAUAUAUAUUGAAGAAUGGGGAAAGAAAAAUAAAGAAAAAUUUCCGACACUA